AUGGCGUACACAGAAGCCAGACCAGAGAUUCAUGCCAAGAAAAAGAAACAACGAAAUGGGGAAUAUUCGGAGACUGUGGAGCCUAGGUUUGAAGAAGGACAGUUGUCAUAUUUGGGGUCUGAUAUAGAAGCCUUACCCCAGCGCAUGGUGGAGGACUACUGUAACAUCACCUCAAGGCUAGACCUGAGUUUCAACAGACUCAAAACCUUGAAAGGCUUAGAACAUUUUAAAUUUCUGAAAGAACUGGUACUUGACAACAAUGAACUUGGAGACAGUGUGGUAUUUCCCUGUCUACGAGAUUUACAUACUUUAACUCUGAACAAAAAUAAAUUAACAGAUUUAACUGGGCUGUUACAACAGCUAGUGGACAAAUUACCCAACCUGACUUAUCUCAGCCUCCUUGGAAAUGAGGCCUGUCCAGACCAGCUGUCAUGUUCUGAUAAGGACGAUGAAGAUUAUCAGAGAUAUAGAUAUUACGUGCUGUACAAACUGCCAGGUCUGAAAUUUCUGGACUCCACACCUGCAACCGCAGCAGAACAUGCAGAGGCAAAACGUGUUGGGCCGUACAUGCUAGUCGUCAGACCAAAAGAUCGUGAUUUGGAACAGGUCACAGAUUCUUCCUCAGGCAGUUCUCUGAGUAACCAGUUUUCACCACUUCCUGAGAUUUCUACAGAUCAAACUGACCAUCAGGGUAAGUGUACUUUUGGGAAAAGCAAAUACAUUUAUUAUGGCCGGCAUUCAGAAGGAAACAGAUUCAUCAGAAACAAAGAUUUAUGA